UUGAAACCAAAUAAUAUUUAUUUAAAUGUAUUGUUAUCAUUUUGCUAUCUCAAUAGUGUUAAAUACAUAUUUAAGGCACGUGAUAAUAAAGAUAUUUCAUUAAGUUUUAUAUUCUGGAGAGGAUGUACAAUUAGAAGAAUCACUUAACCUGAAAAUGUAACCUACCGAUCAAAACACCAAAAAACAUUAAAUGCCUAUUGUUUUCCGUGUUAUAUUAUGUCAGUUAAGCAUAAUAUUUUAUGCUGUGACUGCUGAGACUGCAUGCCGUGCAAAAAUAACAUCUAACACUGACUUACAUUAUUGUUACUCGAAGGAAAUCCAACAACAAUAUCCUAAGAAUGAGGAGUCACUGAAUACAAAAUACUGUAUCCCUAAACAAGAAAACACACAGAAGUAUAUAGAAGACAUGGCUAAUAACAAUCAAUUGAAUGGAUUGUACCGUCCUAGGAGCGCCUUGGCCCGUGCAUUUUAUGAAAAACAAAGGAAUGACAGGCAUCUCCAAGAAUUGGAUCAGACUGAGUGGUAUCGUGUGGACCAGAGCCUCCUCAGCCCAGAGCUCCAGCAGAAGUUCAAGCAGCUGGAUCCAGAUGACGACACAAAGGCGUUCCUGUCGGCUUCCAUUGACAAGUCUACAUGGGUCUGGACACAGAUCUGGUACUUGCUGGCGAAAGCCGUACUCAGGCACUUCUGGUCUAUCACCGACAUCAAUGGCUGGCUGGGGCGCGGCUCGAUGUUCGUGCUGUCCUCCGCGCAGGCGCGCACGCUGCUGGGCGGCGCGCCGUCUGGCUCGCUCGUCGACGUCGGCGCCGGCGAUGGCGAGGUCAGCCGCCGCUUCGCGCAGCUCUUCGAACAGCGGUACGCUACGGAGAUCUCUGCUAGCAUGAGGAAGGCGCUCAGCAGUAAAGGGUAUACUAUUCUUGACACGGAGAACUGGUGGCGCGGACAGCAGUUCCAAUGCGUGAGCAUGAUGAACUUGAUCGACCGUUGCAGCCGGCCCAAGACCAUGCUGCUAGAAGCCCGCGCCGCUCUCGCGCCAGGAGGGAUCCUACUGCUGGCCCUAGUCCUGCCCUACAAGCCCUACGUAGAAAUGACUCCUGACCACAAGCCCGAGGAGCGUCUCCUCACCGGCGCCCGUUUCGAGCAGCAGGUGGCAUCGUUCGUGGCGUUCAUGAGCGACGAAUGUGGGUUCGAACUCGUGUCGUGGGCGCGGGUGCCGUACCUCUGCGAGGGCGACUUCGCGCAGGCCUACUACUGGCUUGAUGACUCCGUCUAUGUGUUCACGCCUAAACCCAUUCAUGAGUCUUCUUAAACAUGUUAAGUGAAUUAUAUUGUCCUGCCAAUUGAUACGUCAACUAUGACACUCCUAUAUUGUUUGAACUGUCAUUAGCAUCAGAGUUAACUCUUAGGUCCACUUGCACCAACCUCUUAACUCAGGAUUAGUGGGCUGUCAUCUGUCAAAUUCCAUAUAAAAUGGGGGGUUAACCCUCGGGUUAACCCACCAUUUUCGUUGGUGCAAGUGGCCCUUAGGGUAGUUGGAGUCUACCGCAAUAACUCAGUUGUGUUAAUGUCAGUUUAGUGUAACAUUGCCAGGAAGCAGUUUUACAAUCGUAAGUUACUUGCAUAUUCUGAAUUCUGUUUAAGAAAUGAAGGAGAAUACGUAAAACAAAGCUGGACUUCCAAGUUCGUCAGACCAAGUGUCUUUAUUGUCCUCUUUGAUACCUGUUAAAAACAUAUCUUAAUUCCUUCUUUGGUCAAAGCAUUAUGAAUGUUGUGUCCUGUGAGCUGUGAGCAAUGAGAUACAACGAAUUUGGUGUUGUGGUCCUAUCUAAAAUUGCACAUUACCUAAAAUAAAAUACCUACUGACGAUCUAGCACAACUUGCGUUAUCGUGCCAGCAGGUCUGUAUGAAAUAUUUUAUAUUGAUCUGAUGUAGCACCAGAAACAGAAAAGUUGUUGAACUGGGGAACAAACCAAAUUGUUAUUUUUUAUUUGUUGUUUUUAAGUAGCUUCUCUACUAUGUAUAAUUUAUUCGCAGCGGCCGGGUGGUCUAGUGGUGAAGACGUUAGUCGCGUAAGCUGAAGGGGUCUUCUUCAGGGAUCGAACCCGGGUGGGGAAGAAUUUUUCUUUUAUACAUAUUUCUAUUUCAGUUUAAAAAGUUGUUUAAGGAUACACAUCCAAAAUCAUUAAUAAAACUGACUGCCAAACUAAAAACAAAGGUUCCUUUUUUGUCAUCAAUUCUUAAGAACUAAAAUUAUUGUAUAUACCUCACCUCAUCUCAUCUUACAAUUAAACUAGGAAUGAAAUCAGUUGAUUGAAUGAUCUCUAGUUAAUUUACUUAUCUAGAUAAACGCACAUUUUGUCAUCGAAUGGGUGUUUAUAUUCUAAACUUCUUUAUAUUGUAAAGUGAUAAAUCGCAUUGAAUUUAUUAGAUAUUUUAUAGAUGUUUACUACUUUUUCUACUUUGUAACUAUAUUGGUAACUAUUUAUAGGUACGUUACUAAUUAAGGCAAAUUAAUAUAUAUUAUUAUGAGGGGCAACCAUCAUGCCGUCACAGGCUAAAACCCUACUAUGUUGUAAUGAUCAUAA